GUCUGGAGUAUGGUGCAGACAAUUUCUUUUCCAAGGGGCUGGAGGAAGAGUUCUAAGGGAAGCUCUCUUGAGUCAUGGCUUCUUCAAAGCUACGAGAACCUGCGGAUGAGGUUUUUGACCUGGACUUGGCUGUGCCAGAGACCGUCAGACUGGACAGCAGUUUACACAAGGCCCGAGCCCAACUACUGGCCAAGGGCCGGAGACACCGGCCCUCCCGCUCCAGGCUUCGGGACAGCGCCAGCUCUGCAGAGGAUGGUGAAGGCUCCGACGGGCCCGGAGGCAAGGUGACCGACGGCUGCGGGAGCCCCCUGCACCGGCUGCGCUCGCCUCUGCACUCGGGCCCGGGGUCCCCGGCCGGGGGCUCUUUCUGCCUGGAGCCUCCGGGGUUACGGCGCAGUCUGGACGAAGACGAGCCCCCGCCCUCGCCGCUCACACGCUACCGGCCCCUGCACAACGCCGCCUCGCACGAGGGCCUGGCCGCCGCGUCCUGCUCGCCGCCGCGCUCCGCGCCCUCCUCGGACAGCUCGCCCAGCUUCGUGCGCCGCCACCCGCGCGCUGAGCCCCACAGCGAAGAUGACAGCCGGGAUGCCAGCCCGCCUGAGCCUGCCAGCCCCACCAUCGGCCUGGAUAAGAAGACUCGCCGGAAGUUCCUGGACCUGGGGGUCACCUUACGCCGAGCAUCCACUAGCAAGAGCCGGAAGGACAAGGGCAGCAACCGCUUGUCCAUGGGCAGCAGGGAGUCAGUGGAGGGGUCCGGCAGGUCAGGGGGCUCCCCGUUCCUGCCCUUUUCCUGGUUCACAGACAGCGGCAAGGGCUCGGCGUCCUCUGGCAGCACCACCUCGCCCGCCUGCUCCCCUAAACACGAGGGCUUCAGCCCUAAGAAGUCAGCUUCUCAGGAAUCCACCCUGAGUGAUGACUCCACACCCCCUAGCAGCAGCCCCAAGAUCCCAAGUGGGCCCCGGCAGGAGACCAAAUGCUCCUACCCCUACCACACACUGUCCCAGUCUUCGGAUGAGUUCCUGGAUGAACCUCUCCCCACUGUCCACCACUGGACCAGCCAGCAGGUGGGCCAGUGGCUGCACAGCCUCAACCUGGAGCAGUAUGCCGCCGAGUUCGCUGCGCGGCAGGUGGAUGGGCCCCAGCUCCUGCAGCUGGAUGGAAGCAAACUGAAGAGCCUGGGGCUCAGCAACUCGCAUGACCGGACGCUAGUGAAGCGGAAGGUAAAGGAGCUGGCAGCAGCCGCUGAGAAGGAGCGCAAGGCCCAGGAGAAAGCUGCACGGCAGCGUGAGAAGCUCCGGCGCAGGGAGCAGGAGGCCAAGAAGAGCUAGGGGAUGGCGGGGGGGCAGGCACUGGCACCCAGGCGCUGGUGGCCGCCGGGCUCGGUGGGCACAGGCCUCAGUGGGCAGGCGGGGCCUGGGCGCCAAGCUUGGGCUGGCCCGGCCCCACACUCUCGGGGGGUACAUGCCCUCUCUCACCCUGUCACUGUCUGGACCCAGAUCCCCCAGAAAAGGAGACCCCAGGAGAAGGCCCAGGAAUAAAUCCAGUUUUAAGGACUUGUUUGGCACAGAAUUCCUAGGGGAGCUGGCAGGUUAUGGGCAGAGGACAGAGAGGCCAGGGCCAAAGCAAGUCUGGGAACCCUGAGGCACCUGGGUCAGUCUGACCCUCUACCCUCAGGCCACGGCGGUGCUGGCCGGCAGUGAGCUAGGACACCUGCCGGCCUGCCUGCGUUCUAGAGGCUCUGAGAUGGGGCCCGGGUCCUAGGGCUUAGAGAGGUAGGAAGCAUCUCGGCAGGAGCGGGUGGACAGAGUUGCUCCUCUCCAGCUCUCCAAGGGGGCUGUGUGCUGGGAGAGCUGGCUUCCGCUCCCAAGGGAGGCUGGUAGGCGCUGCAGCAACCUGCACUCAGGGUAGACUCCCAGUCUGCACUCAGCGGGAGAGCAGAGAGAGCCACAUGGUUAUCCCAGGCGAUCUUUGCCAGGACUUUCGGAGCAGGGAGGGACGGUGAAAACGUCCUUCGCCUUCCCCUUCCCUGUCCUGUGGUCCCAAUGGUGAGAUGACAUCCAUACAGGUCUGCCCCUCCUGGGGCCCACUCAAGGCCUGGUCUUUGACCUGCUGUCUAACACAGGGCCCGCUUCUGUUGCUCCCUCGGAGGACAGCUGAGCCCUCUCUGGGGACAGAGCAAACUUGGGAGCUGGGGGGGGGGUGGUGACAGAGGACACCCCCCACCAAUGCCUAGGUGGCACUGAAUGGGUGAAUCCUCACCCCAGCCAGGUAGAGAGGCAAAAUCUGGGAGUUCCCCUGGAAUCUACUGGAAGGGUUCAUCAGCCUUCCCCCAUCUGCUCUGGUCCCUGUCAGGGCCUCAGUGGGUUCCAGAACCGGCAGACCGUGCAGGCUCUGGUUCGGUGGGCCCCAAGGAAGGGUGGGUCAGGCCGCUGGGUGGGGGUGGGAAUCUAUCCCAGCAGCCCAGGGAUGACACCUAUCCUUGUAAGGAGGGAGCCUUCAGGUACCGUGCGGGCCCGCAGCUUUUGGAGGAUUGGCCAGUGACCAAUGGGGCUGGGGGCCCUCUGUUUAGAAGUCCCUCUCCACCUCCACCUGCCUGGAGUGGCGGACAGGACCCAGUGCAUGCCAGCUCCCCUCGUUCCUGCUCAGGGGCUGUGGCUUCGAGGCCACCCCUGCUCUGGCCACGGUCCCGUCCCUGGGACUCAGCCCUUUAUCCCUCUCUGCUGUCCGUGCGGGGAGAGGAGCUGCCGUGGAAACUGAGACAUGGGGGCAUCGGCACCAUCGGGGCCUGUUGGAGGGGCUGGUGCGGAGGGUGGAAGGCACCCAGGCCUUUGAAACUAUCAGGAGCUA